UCCGCGCGCCAGGGGGUGGUUCUGGAAACCCGCGCUGCUCAGUGCCGGCAGAGUCGGUGCAAUCAGUGGAGGGUUCGGUAGAAUGAGCGAGGCAGACGGGCUGCGGCAGCGCCGGCCACUGCGGCCGCAAGUCGUCACGGACGAUGGCCAGAUCCCGGAGGUCAAGGAGGGCAGUUCCUUUAGUGGCAGAGUUUUCAGAAUGACCUUCUUGAUGCUGGCUGUGUCCCUUGCUGUUCCCCUACUGGGAGCCAUGCUGCUGUUGGAGUCCCCCAUAGACCCUCAGAGUUUCAGCUUCAAAGAACCCCCUUUCAUGUUUGGUGUUCUGCAACCAAAUACGAAGUUGCGACAAGCAGAAAGGCUAUUUGAAAACCAACUUAGUGGACCAGAAUCCAUAGUAAAUAUUGGGGAUGUGCUGUUUACUGGCACAGCAGAUGGCCGAGUUGUAAAACUUGAAAAUGGAGAAAUAGAGACCAUCGCCCGGUUUGGUUCAGGCCCUUGCAAAACCCGAGAUGAUGAACCUGCCUGUGGGAGACCCCUGGGCAUCCGGGCAGGGCCCAAUGGGACUCUUUUUGUGGUUGAUGCAUACAAGGGACUGUUCGAAGUCAAUCCUCAGAAACGUUCAGUGAAACUGCUGCUAUCCUCUGAGACUCCCAUUGAGGGCAAGAAACUGUCCUUUGUGAAUGACCUCACUGUUACUCGGGAUGGGAGGAAGAUUUAUUUCACGGAUUCCAGCAGCAAGUGGCAGAGACGAGACUACCUGCUUCUGGUGAUGGAGGGCACUGAUGACGGGCGCCUGUUGGAGUAUGAUACUGUGACGAAAGAGGUGAAGGUUUUGUUGGACCAGUUGCAGUUCCCUAAUGGAGUUCAGCUAUCUCCUGAGGAAGACUUUGUCCUGGUGGCAGAGACAACCAUGGCCAGGAUACGAAGAGUCUAUGUGUCUGGCCUGAUGAAAGGAGGGGCAGAUAUGUUUGUGGAGAACAUGCCUGGAUUUCCUGACAACAUCCGGCCCAGCAGCUCCGGCGGGUACUGGGUUGCCGCUGCAACCAUUCGUGCUAACCCUGGGUUUUCCAUGUUGGAUUUCUUAUCUGACAAGCCUUUUAUUAAGAGAAUGAUUUUUAAGCUGUUCAGUCAGGAGACAUUGAUGAAGUUUGUGCCACGAUAUAGCCUGGUCCUAGAAGUCAGUGACAGUGGUGCCUUCCGGAGAAGCCUGCAUGAUCCUGAUGGACUGGUGGUCACCUACGUGAGUGAGGCUCAUGAACAUGAUGGAUACCUGUACCUGGGCUCCUUCAGAUCUCCCUUCAUCUGCAGACUAAACCUCCAGUCUAUUUAGCCAGCCCAGCAGCUACCCCCACUGCGCAUGCCAGGAAUCAUCACACUCAGUCACAUAGGUCUGGAAGGAGCCAUGGACAUAGCUCUGUCCCUGUGUUCUUGCUAGUCCUUGGAAGUGUGGGAGUAGCUGCUGCAGCCUAGGGAAGGUAUGGACCUUACUCAUACCUUCUUCCAAGAGGUACCUCUCACCUGGACUUGAUGUCACUUUUAGGGGGAAAUAGUGUAUCUGCUAUGGGGAAGACAAAUCAUGGAAAGCCAUUUCUCUUUUUAAAAAAUAUGUUAAGUACAAGAAUUCUCUAGUAUUUGGAACAUUUAAUACACUUGGGGUUUAGGGCUCAGGGUUUGCUGAUUAAAGCAGGAGAUGAGCUGUGCAGGGAUCUUUGUAUUGCCAUUGGCUCUAACUGCCACCGUCUGUAUCUUCAUUCUACAGUGGGGUCAUGCUUUUGGGGAUGGUGUGGCGGGGUGCCAUGGAAAUGGUAAUGCAUGUGUUGAGGCAGGGAUUAUGCAAGCUGAAACUUGUUCUCAGGGGCCAUGUGAGAUGUGUGAGAAUACCUGGACUUCUGGUAUUCCUCCCCAGUAAAGGGGUGCUCUCCCACUCUCUACAAGCCUCUUUUCAUGCCAGAGAGUUUUCAAGACCCCCAUUUUAGUGGCCAGGAGGAUUUCAUUGGGCUUCUUUCUGACUGUCUUCUCCACUGGAAUUGGGUGACCUAGCGAGAUUGUACCCGCACAGGGGUGUUUUACAAAUGCCCUUUUAUGGCUUGAUUCCUUUUAGACCUACAGAUGUGAUUAGUGAACUGUUGAUGUAAUGUUUGUGCUAAUGUAAUAAGCUCAAAGUUGCUUAUUUCUUGGCAAGUAUGUUUAUACACUGGUCUAAAUUUUGAUAAUAAUAAAUCAUAUUAAACCCA